AUGGAGCUGGCCAGAGUUGAGGACGGGGAGGGGACGACGACCGGCUUCGGAGGGAGAGGAGGCGAGGCGCCCGGGUCCGGGGCGGAGGCGGCGCCGGCGGUGAGCUACGGUGGCGGCGAGGCGGCGGCGACGUGGAGGCGGCGAGGCGGCGCGGUGGACGGCGUGAGGCGGCAGGGCCGGCCGGCGCGGGCGCGGCGGCGGGGCCGCGGCGGAGGAAGGCGGAGAGGACGGGCGGCGGGCGCCGGCGCGGGAUCUGGCCCGGGCGGCCCGGGCGGGCUCCCCGUGGGCAGCGGGCCUGCGGCGGCGGAAGGCGGCGGGGCCCACGUGGCAGCCGCUGAGAGGGUGCGGGCGGCGGCGCAGGAACAUCCGGCGUCGGGCGGACACGUCCGGCGCGGAGGGAGAGGGCUAGGGUUUUGGACUGCGGGAGGAUUUCAGGAGAGACACUAA